UUGCAGAAGUGCAAGGAUGUCUGAUUCCGAUAGUUCAAGUGCUAAGAAUAAGAAAAAACGACCGAAGGAAACGAAACGUGUCAGAGAAAACAGCACUUCCGACGAAAGUAUUAUCGAUAAAACUCCCGUAAAGAAAGGUAAAAGUAAUGAUGGUGGUUUCAAGAAUGCCGAUGGUGAAGAGAUGUUCGAAUUGGGCAAAAUGCGUUUCGUGACGGUCCGAUCCUUCAAAGGCAAAGCAUUGAUUGAUAUUCGUGAGUAUUAUCAAGAUAAGGGUAGCGGUGAACUGAAACCGGGACGUAAAGGUAUUAGUUUGUCAGGAGAACAAUAUCAACGGCUGAAGGCUAUUAUGGGUGAUAUAGACGAAAAGUUAAAUAAUGCCUAGAUAUUCUUCCCGUACUUUGAUAUAGUAUUUGACUAUUGUCUUUGUUGAUUGUCGAUCUCGAUAUCAUUUAAACAUCAUUAUUAUCUUAAUACAGUUUCGAACGAAAGUUAUCAUAGUGCUUUGCGUUGAUAGUCGUUGCUGUUAAGGUUUUUAAAUGUCUUCUCUGUCGUAUUAUCACUUGUUACUCUUUUUUAUGAAAAUACUUCCAGACUGACUAGGAUAGAUUCUAUACAGAUAACUUGCCUUUCUUGAAAAAAAAAAAAACUUUUCUUUGGUGUUUAUCCGGGACAAUAAGCCAAG